GGGGAGGCGGUCGCGUCGUUUUCCGGCUUUCCGGACUCUUCAGAGGCAAGAUGGCGUCGAGCAGCGGGGCUAAAAACUUAGACUUCCGCCGAAAGUGGGACAAAGAUGAAUAUGAGAAGCUUGCAGAGAAACGGCUUACAGAGGAAAGAGAGAAGAAAGAUGGCAAACCAGUGCAGCCUAUCAAGCGUGAGCUUCUGCGGCAUCGAGACUACAAAGUGGAUCUGGAAUCCAAAUUGGGGAAAACUAUUGUUAUUACCAAAACUACUCCUCAGUCUGAGAUGGGCGGGUAUUAUUGUAAUGUAUGUGACUGCGUAGUGAAAGAUUCCAUCAACUUCCUUGAUCAUAUCAAUGGCAAAAAACAUCAGAGGAACCUUGGUAUGUCCAUGAGAGUAGAGCGUUCUACUCUGGAUCAGGUGAAGAAACGUUUUGAAGUGAACAAGAAAAAAAUGGAGGAGAAACAGAAGGAUUACGACUUUGAGGAGAGGAUGAAGGAGCUCAGAGAAGAGGAGGAAAAGGCCAAAGCCUACAAAAAGGAAAAACAGAGGGAGAAGAAAAGGAGGGCAGAGGAAGACUUGACAUUUGAAGAGGACGAUGAAAUGGCUGCUGUAAUGGGUUUCUCUGGUUUUGGCUCAACUAAGAAAAGCCACUGAUAAGCCAGAAACUGCAUUUUGAAUGGCUACUGUUUAUGUCCUGAUGAUGCUUCAAAAUCCUAGAAAGACAAUGCAAAGAAUUUGCAUCUAAAUUACCUGAUAUAAAUUGUGAAACAAUUCCAUACUACACAUGUGGGACUGAUUCUGCCCUACCAUAUUUCCCUGGUUGAAAAGAUAGCACCAAGUUUGCUUGUGUAUUGAUAACUCUAAAUCUCAAAUAAAAAUACCAUCAAAUAAUAUCUUCCCUCCCUUGAUUCCCUGACUAUUUAAGGAUACAUCUUUUCUCAAGAUCUGCUUGAAAUGCACACAUAAUUUCACACAGAAUUCUGUGGAGAUUAUAGAUUAAUUUUUAAGCACUAAAUUUCUCUUGGCCUUGUCUGCAGUUGCAAUUUUCUGGUGCAAGUUCUGUUUGCUUUUUACUUUGUAUUGCAUGCAUGCUUUUUUCUUUUAAUAAACUCAUAAAAAUCUAGUGCAAUGGGUUUUUUAAAACUGUUUUAUAAAGUGUUUAUAUAUGGGGUGGGGAGAGGAUAGAUUCAUAUAUACUAUUAUUUUCCAGAACUCACUGGAGAUUAUUAUCUAUAUACUGAGCAAGUUAUUGUCUGCACCAUUAGCUUGCUGAAAUGUUUCUUUUAAUAUAUUUAGUUGGUAACUUAGAAGGAUCAAGGUUCUGGUUGAUCUCCUUUCAUUGAUAUAGAUAGUAAAUUAUCUGAGAAUCUGGUAAGCUUAGGCUAAUUUGAUUUUCCCCCUCUGAAAUAGCAGUAAAUGGUGCUCUGCUCUAAAAAUAGAGAAAUUUCUCAUCAAGAAAAAAAAUUGCCCCAGUGGGUUUGCCUGUAUUUUUUUUUUAAAAAGAAAUCUCCAGUUUAAAGAUUUUCCAAGGUUAGAAUAGUAAAAUUCCCUUUGGGCUUAAUGCAAGUGUUGAGAAGGAAUCCCAGAUGAAUCUCUUUUCUAUUAAAGUAGAAUGAGCCUUGCCAGUAUCUUGCCACUGGCCAUAUUGAAUAGAUAACUCUGAGUUUUAUCAGAACAGAUGGGGGGGGGGUUGAUAGAGAAAAAGGAGCUUUCUUGCCAUCUUGAUUCAGAGUGGAGAAAUGUUAUCAGUGCUGCUCUAGCUGCUGUUUAUGCCCCGUGUCAUUUUCAUUGCUUUCUUAAUUUUAGUUCAGCCAACCCCACUGUGACUCAUUCAUCGGUUUAGGAGGAUUUACAUCUAGCAUGACUGAUUUUCAUAGUCUCUCCCUUAUAGUGAUGGGAUCAUUGUUCUUGCUUUUCUCCUCACUUUAAUUAAAUCUUACGUUCUUUCAGAUACAGGUAGAAUAAAUCCUACAAUGUUUUCUGCUGUUUUAAUUCCUUAAUCUUAGACUGCUGACAGCUUCAUUGCUUCAGAUAUUUCCACUUCAAUUCAGAUUAUAAUCCCCACUGAAGAUGUCAUUGAAAUGAUACAAAGCCUGUAGCACUGCUAGCAGAGAUUCAAAUGUCCUUGGAGACUUGAUCC